UGCGACGCCGAGUUUCACUCUGGCUGCCUUCUCCUGAGAGUCGGAGCCACAGCCAGAGCCCUGCCCAGGCCGUGCCGGAACUGCAGCCUGAGCGCGGUGGUGCCCUCAGUCCCGUCCCCUCGUCCUCCUCAGCCUCGUUGGCAAAGGUGCCUUGGAAUUUGUGUCGCUGAGUCAGCAAGCCUUUCAGAUUUGCCCGGUUUUUGUUGUUUGUGGUUUGUAUCAAGAUGGGAACUCAAACAAGUCAUUCUUCCUAAGGAGCUGGUGUCUUCAUCCAGAAGGGACGGUUUGUGCCAGCUCUCCAGAGAGAAAAGGCUGUUUUGCAGAGUUGUGAGAGUUGUUUCAUCCCGGCCGUGAGGACAUGUUGGGACAUACCCCGUGUGCCGAUGAUGGAGGCGGCCCUGGCUGCCCGAGAGAUGAGUGACACUCACGAGUAAUUGGCUCGGAAGGCAGUCCUCUGAUUUGUACCUCAUUGUGGUUACAGAAACUUCUAAUUGAAGACACUGAGCUGAGCCGUUCAGCCCGCCUGCCCGAGGGCACCCCAGAUCUGCCGCAGGCUCUGGGCAAUGACCCCAGGACUCCAGGCCAGAGGGGUCUGAAGCCGUUUGGGAAAGCAGCAGGACUCCUUGGGAAGAUGGCCAUGGCCCCAAGCCCUUCCCUGGUGCAGGUGUAUACCAGCCCCGUGGCUGUGGCCGUGUGGGAAUGGCAGGACGGGCUGGGCACCUGGCACCCCUACAGUGCUGUCGUCUGCAACUUCAUCGAGCAGCAGUUUGUCCAGCAGAAGGGCCAACGCUUCGGGCUCGGGAGCCUGGCCCACAGCAUCCCCUUGGGCCAGGCAGACCCCUCGCUGGCCCCUUACAUCAUUGACCUCCCCAGCUGGACCCAGUUCCGCCAGGACACUGGCACCAUGCGGGCCGUGCGGAGACACCUGUUCUCCCAGCACUCAGCCCCUGGCCGAGGUGUCGUCUGGGAGUGGCUGAGCGACGAUGGCUCCUGGACCGCCUACGAAGCCAGCGUCUGUGACUAUCUGGAGCAGCAGGUGGCCAGGGGCAACCAGCUUGUGGACUUGGCCCCGCUGGGGUACAACUACACCGUCAACUCUGCCACCCAAACGCAGACCAACAAGACUUCCAGCUUCUGCCGCAGUGUGCGGCGCCAAGCAGGGCCGCCUUACCCGGUGACCACCAUCAUCGCUCCGCCGGGCCACACGGGCGUUGCCUGCUCUUGCCACCAGUGCCUCAGCGGCAGCGGAACUGGCCCUGUGUCAGGCCGCUACCGCCACUCCAUGACCAACCUCCCUGCGUACCCCGCCCCCCAGCACCCCCCGCACAGGACCGCUUUUGUGUUUGGGGCCCACCAGGCCUUUGCACCGUACAGCAAACCCUCACUCUCCGGGGCUCGGUCUGUGCCCAGGCUGAACACCACCAACCCCUGGGCCGCGGCUCCUCCCUCCCUGGGGAGCCAGCCCCUCUACCGCUCCAGCCUCUCCCACCUGGGACUGCAGCACCUGCCCCCAGGAUCCUCCACUUCUGGUGCAGUCAGUGCCUCCCUCCCCAGCGGUCCGUCCUGCAGCCCGGGGAGCGUCCCUGCCACUGUGCCCGUGCAGAUGCCAAAGCCCAGCAGAGUCCAGCAGGCGCUCGCAGGCAUGACGAGUGUUCUGAUGUCAGCCAUUGGACUCCCCGUGUGUCUUAGCCGCGCACCCCAGCCCGUCAGCCCUCCCGCCUCCCGUCUGGCCUCUAAAAGUCACAGCUCAGUUAAGAAAUUGAGGAAAAUGUCCGUGAAAGGAGGGACCCCGAAGCCAGAGCUACAGCCAGAGCAGGUCAUAAAAAACUACACGGAAGAGCUGCAAGUGCCCCCAGAUGAGGACUGCAUCAUCUGCAUGGAGAAGCUGUCCGCAGCAUCUGGGUACAGCGACGUGACUGACAGCAAGGCCAUCGGGCCCCUGGCUGUGGGCUGCCUCACCAAGUGCAGUCACGCCUUCCACCUGCUGUGCCUGCUGGCCAUGUACUGCAAUGGCAACAAGGAUGGAAGUCUGCAGUGUCCCUCCUGCAAAACCAUCUAUGGAGAGAAGACAGGGACCCAGCCCCAGGGAAAGAUGGAGGUAUUACGGUUCCAGAUGUCGCUCCCCGGCCACGAGGACUGCGGGACCAUCCUCAUAGUUUACAACAUUCCCCAUGGCAUCCAGGGCCCUGAGCACCCCAAUCCCGGAAAGCCAUUCACUGCCAGAGGGUUUCCCCGCCAGUGCUACCUUCCAGACAAUGCCCAGGGUCGCAAGGUCCUAGAGCUCCUGAAGGUGGCCUGGAAGAGGCGGCUCAUCUUUACAGUGGGCACGUCCAGCACCACGGGUGAGACGGACACUGUGGUGUGGAACGAGAUCCACCACAAGACAGAGAUGGACCGCAACGUUACGGGCCAUGGCUACCCCGACCCCAACUACCUGCAGAACGUGCUGGCUGAGCUGGCCGCCCAGGGGGUGACCGAGGACUGUCUGGAGCAGCAGUGACCUUGUGCCCCAGCACACCCGCCUCUGGUGGCCACCCCGCUGCCCCAUGGCUGGCUGGGUGGCCAGGCAGGAAGUGCCUAGCCCGGGAGGCUGGGAGGUUUGUUGGGGGUGUGGGGUGUGCCCCACCUGAAGCCGGGGCUCCCCCUGCCUGCCUCUCCUUCCUCCCCUCCAGGAAUUGGGCAGUCCUGGGCAGUUGUACUCAUGGGGGCUUAAGAUGCAGCUACCUCAGUGCGCAGGGCCCGUCUGUCCUCUGGGGGCUGCUUCGGGCCAGCGGUGCUCGGGGCCUGGUGUGGGGCAACUAGAGACUUCCCCAGCCUGGACGGGCGUGGGUUCUGGGUCAGCUUCUUUUACCUCAAUUUUGUUUGCAAUAAAUGUUCUAUAGCCAAAGUCA